GUCGGAUGGCCAGAGAGUGCGAGUAGGUGCCGCUGUCCUAAUCUGCCCGGCUGCCAGGCCCUCUGCCCUUCCGCAUCCGGCCCCGGCCCAGUGCCCGGCGCAGGGUCGGACGCUCGGAGCUCGAGAAGGCAGCGCGCAGCAGGCGGGGGUGGCGGGGAGCUACCGCCUCCCACUGAGUCCGGGACCCCUGCGUCCGGAAUCCCCCGGCUCAGCAUUCCCGCCCCCUCUCCAGCAUUUCCGCCUCCCUCCUCGGGACACCCCUCCCAGGAGGAGCCCACCUGGUAGUGAGUACGAGCGUGUGCGCGCGCGGCCGGCGCGCUGUCCCUUUAACCGGCCCGCCGCGCCUCCCCCGCGCGCCCCGCCCCGCGGUGCGGCCGGUGCUGGGCGAGGCCGAAGAAAGUCCAUGUGAGCGGAGCGCGCGGACGCCGGAACACUUCCUGCCGCCGGCCGCCGCUGCCGCAGGCCGGACCGGGCCGGGCGCCCGCAGAUGUGCCUGCUGGGGCCACUCCCGCGCUGAGAGUCUGAGGCGCCCACGAGCCUGCCCGCCAUGUCUCAGAUGCUGCACAUUGAGAUCCCCAACUUCGGGAACACCGUGCUCGGCUGCCUCAACGAGCAGCGCCUGCUGGGCCUCUACUGCGAUGUGUCCAUCGUGGUCAAGGGCCAGGCCUUCAAGGCCCACCGGGCCGUGCUGGCCGCCAGCAGCCUCUACUUCCGUGACCUGUUCAGCGGCAACAGCAAGAGCGCCUUUGAGCUGCCGGGCAGCGUGCCGCCCGCCUGCUUCCAGCAGAUCCUGUCCUUCUGCUACACGGGCAGGCUGACCAUGGCGGCCAGCGAGCAGCUCGUGGUCAUGUACACGGCCGGCUUCCUGCAGAUCCAGCACAUCGUGGAGCGCGGCACCGACCUCAUGUUCAAGGUGAGCUCACCCCACUGCGACUCACAGACGGCCGUGAUGGAGGAUGCCAGCUCCGAGCCCCAGAGCCCCUGCACCCAGCUGCAGCCGGCUGCGCCCGGGCCUCCCUACGUCGUGUCCCCCUCUGUGCCCAUCCCGCUGCUGACCCGCGUGAAGCACGAAGCCACAGAGCCGCCGCCGGCCACUGGCCCGGGCCUGGCGCCCAAGCGCCCGCUGGAAUCUGGGCCGCGGGAUGGCGCAGCGGUGGCAGUGGGCGCUGCCAUGGCGGCCGGCGCGGCCCCUCUCAAGUUGCCCCGGGUCUCCUACUACGGGGUGCCCAGCCUGGCCACCCUCAUCCCCAGCAUCCAGCAGGUACCCUACUCCCAGGGGGAGCGGACCAGCCCGGGGGCCAGCAGCCUGCCCACCACCGACAGCCCCACCUCCUACCACAACGAGGAGGACGACGAUGACGAGGCCUAUGACACCAUGGCGGAGGAGCAGUACGGCCAGGUGUACGUCAAGGCCGCCGGCAGCUACGCAGUGCAAGAGAAGCCAGAGCCGGUGCCGCUGGAGAGCCGCUCCUGCGUCCUCAUCCGCCGCGACCUCGUGGCCCUGCCAGCCAGCCUCAUCAGCCAGAUCGGCUACCGCUGCCACCCCAAGCUCUACUCGGAGGGGGACCCCGGCGAGAAGCUGGAGCUGGUGGCAGGCUCCGGCGUCUACAUCACGCGUGGCCAGCUGAUGAACUGCCACCUGUGCGCGGGGGUGAAGCACAAGGUGCUGCUGCGCAGGCUCCUCGCCACCUUCUUCGACAGGAACACACUGGCCAACAGCUGCGGCACCGGCAUCCGGUCGUCCACCAGCGACCCGAGCCGCAAGCCACUGGAUAGCCGAGUCCUCAACGCUGUGAAACUGUACUGCCAGAACUUUGCACCCAGCUUCAAGGAGAGCGAGAUGAAUGUGAUCGCCGCGGACAUGUGCACCAACGCCCGCCGCGUCCGGAAGCGCUGGCUGCCCAAGAUCAAGUCCAUGCUGCCCGAGGGCGUGGAGAUGUACCGCACGGUCAUGGGCUCCUCGGCCGCCAGCGUGCCCCUCGACCCCGAGUUCCCGCCUGCCACAGCACAGGUGUUCGAUCAGCGCCUGUACGCUGAGCGGCGGGCGGACGCGGCUGCCAUCGUGGCCCUGAGAACUGACACCGUGAAUGUUGACCUGGGCGCCCCCGCCAACCCCGCCUUUGAAGCCGGCGAGGAGGCGGAAGGGGCCGGCUCUGUGAUCCAGGAGGUGGUGGCACCCGAGCCGCUGCCCCCCGCCAGCCAGAGCCCCCCGCAGCCCUUCGAGCAGGGGAGCAGCAGCUCGAGCCGGCCCCAGACGCCUGCAGCCCGGAGACCCGAGGGCUCCUACGCGGGGACCUUGUAGAGGGCCGAACGCGCCGGGGACCGGUACUAGCUGCUUGCAUGCGUUACUAAUACAGACAAAUGUGAUCAAGCCACUUACCUACUGAACUGCUGUUGCCUGAAAAAAAUGUGAUUUUUAUUCUGCUUGUAUUUAAAAUUUAUGAAGGAAACUUGCAUUCGUGACACUGUAAACAAUUAGGCCACUGGCUGCCGAGUUGCGAGAAAGGCCCCAGGGCCUCCUUUUCAUGCUCGAGGUCAGCCUCCAAGUGUAGCUUCCCCCCUUCUCAAGGAGGGCACAAGAGGCCGCCAGGCCCUGGGGCCCAGCCCUGCCCCAGCUCCACCCCCCCUUCCUGCCCCUCUGCCCGGAUGAAGCCAGGGGCCUGUGGCAUGGGGACUUGUGUCCUUACCUGUGAGGAACCCGCCCGCCCCUCUGGGGCCAUGGCCAGGGCUGGGCCCCCAGAGGCCAAACUCCUUGUUUUUCCUUCUUCCUGAGACCCGGGGUCAGGCCUGCUGGGUCUGAGUGUGAGUGGGGUGUGUGAGUGUGCAAGCGUGUGUGUGUGUGUGUGUGUGUGUGUGUGAUUGUGCGUGGGGAGUAGUGUCGCAGACAGUGAGGGGUCUUGCUCUCCCCGUGAGCAGGGAGCAGGGCCCUGCUGUGCCUGUCCCCUGGCCCCAGCCACCCCUCGGUGCACCUGGGUCCCCCAGCUCCCGCCCGCUGCCUGCUGCCCUGUGGGUGGGGCUGCCGCCCGGGUACCCCGCCCUCCACCUUGUCGGGCUUGUGUUUGUUUGUUCAUUUGUUUUUGUUGAAACUCAGAUCCGUUUCAUACAUGGUUUGGAAACUUUCAGACCCAAAAGAGCAAAAAACUAGGGAGGACUGGGUGUCCUUUGCCCCCAACCUGUGAUGGCUCAGGGCAGGUCAUCCGUAUACCAUGUCUCCCCGCCCUAGGCCAGGUUUUACUCACUUCCUGUUGGGGGCAGGGGGUCCCCAGAAGUGCAGAGGAGGUGGAGGCCACUUCGGGGGCCAGCCUGGUGGCUGGGGUCCUGACUGGUGGGCACAGGGGGCCAGGCUGGGCCGGAGUGGGGCCCCCAUCCUGUGCUCUGACUUGUGAGGUGCGCCUCGCUCUGAGGGUGCAGGUGUGAGGACAGUGGGCACAGACCUGCACUGGGGCAGCUGCCGGGGCGCCCAGGGUAGGGGUGCAGAGGAAGGGCCCACAGAAGUUGUUGGUUUGUUUGAGGUUGGAAUGUUCCUUUUGAGGUUUAGCUGCUGGUUUUGGGUGCGGGGGACACGGGUGUCCCAAGUGCUCCCGUAGCUACUCGCCCUGGGUGCUGUGUCCUUGUCCAGGGCAGCCUGCCUCCCCAGUUCCAGGCAGCCCCCCGCCAUUCCCAGACUAGAAUAGGUUGGAAUGGCACCAGGCUCUGUUCCUCUGUCUGUGGGUGCACGCAGGGCUGGGCAGGUGAGGCUCGGCCCCACUCAGGACCCACAAAGCUGAGCCUCGCCAGCUGCAGGGCCCCGUGGGGCAACCUGGGGUCUGGGGGCGAGCUCUUUCCCACUCUCUCCUGCUGCCGCUGCCUUUCCGGGGGGUGGGGGAGCAGCUGCAUGUAGCCUCCUGGCCCGCUCCGGCCAGGGCAGAUGUAGGCCUGACCUCCGGAAAGACCUGACAAUUUCUGGAAAGAGGUUGAGGGGCCCUGGGUGGAUACUUGGGAGCUGAUCCCAGCCCCUCUCCCCCUUGGGCCUGCCCGAGUGCAGAACGGUCCAGAGCCCCUGGCGUGGGCUGGGGCUGCAAACUGGCCUCCGCCUCUUCCUCCCUGUCUGGGGCCCGGCCCAACCGCCUGCUAGGGACCAGAACUGAGUCCUCCUGUAACUGGGAGGAGGCCAUACCCCCGGCACCCUCAGGUGGCCUCAGGGCAGGGGAGGUGUUGGUGGGUGAGGUUGACCCCCACCCAUCUCCCAUCUGGAGUUUCCUUUAUCUUCUCUCCCACCCAAAUUUGCACUUUAAUUUGACCAUCCCUGGGGACCCUCGGGAGACAGGCCCACCGUCCUGGCUGUGGACCGAAGGGCUCGCUCUGUCUUCCUCUCUCUCCUCCACUCCAUAGAGGGCACGGCCACCCACCCGGGGCCAGGACAGGGAGGGGUGCCGCUGGCCCGGCGGGGGAGGCGGUGGCCGCACAGAGAAGGCCUGACCGUGGCUCAGGCCAGCACAAUGUCCCGUGACCUCUGCCCCUUAGUUGUUUAUAAUCGCCGUCUGUUUUGUUGUUCUGGGUAAGGAAGGCAGAGCUCUAGGGGAAACUUUAAUCAUUAAAUGUGAAUGGGUUCUGAGCUCUCCCGGGCCCUGGCGGGCCGGGCCGAGCGUUUUGCACUAAAGUGUCCCGCGGUGGACGUGGGUCCGGAGCGUUUGCGGACGGGCAUGGCUGAUGAUUGUAUGUGCCGGGGUGUCCCUCCGAGGCCCUGACGUUCCGCGGGGCGGGCGGCGGCGGCCUGGCUCGGGGGCCUUCCAGAGUGCCUUAGCAUCUUUUGAUCAUUUUUCCCAAGGAAAACCAAUUACGAACACCGGACCCUCCCCUCCUGUUUACAAGAAGACUAAUCCCUGUCCCGUCAGCGUGAUCCUGACCCCCAGACCCUGUAGAUGGAGAGACGAACCGCUCAGUAUUUAUGAGAUGUGUGCACCUUUAUCCCUGAGCUUGACUAUUAGCAAUAUGCAUAUACUACAUAGUCUCUAUAGAGCUAAGUCAUAGCAGCGCCUUGUCGAGGAGGAGAGAAGGGGCUGAUGGCGUGGAGCCAAUGUGGCCCUGGCCUGGGCUCCAGCCGCCGCCCCGCCCUGCUGCGGGAGGCGGCUGGGGUGGAGUGCGAAAGGUCCCGGGGAAGGGACCCUUGAAGCGACAGAUACUGUGAGCUCGGGCGGGGCCUGCCCGCCUGGCCGGCGUGCCUGGGUACUUGAAUUCUGUCUCAUUGUCUGCACUGUGUCUGGCCUCGCCCAGAGUUCUCUGUGGUCACUUACCUUUGCGUUGGAUUCCAUUGUCUCACUUUGCCCUGACUGGGCGCAGCUGUGGUUGAGAGGCAAGGGGGCGAGGCCGAGGGCGGGAGCCUGCAGCCCCUGCACGGCUUCCUGGUGUAGGUGGGAGCCCCGCCUAGUUCUCCUCGGGGAGGGUCCAUUUUGUGUUUGUGUUCAGAGCCAGGAGACGGUGUGGGUGGGGGUGUGCACGGCCCAGGGCACGACCACCCCCAGCUGGUUCCUGCUCAGAUCCCCCUCUGGAUGGGUUACUUUCGUGGAACCAUCCUGCUGCAGUAGAAAAAGGCCAACGAGCCAUUAACCAACUGAAAACUCCGAGAAAAAGCCUGUUUGCCUCUGCCGGCAGUAACCCACCCACGGGACCGCAGGCUCUCGCUGCCUUGGGCUUUAUGACUGCUGUUUCAGAACAUUGCUGCCGCCGAAAACCGUCAUCGUGCCGGCCGGUCGGCUCCGCGUCCCCACCAGAGACCUGGGACUGGCAGGGUUUGGUGCAAGAUGUUUCUGACAUGGCAGCAACAUGUUGGUUGUUUUGUUUGUUUGUUGUGUUUCUUUGGAAAAAAAAAGAAAACGAGAAGGAAAAUUAUGCAGAAAUCUAACGCUUUCAGAUUGGACAACCUGCUUGAAUUCUGAUCAAUCGCUUCGUUGUUAGCGUUUUGCACAUGACUGUAAUUUUUAUGUCAACAGAAGCCAAAACUUGCAAUACUAUUUUUAGCAGACACACAAAAAAAACUAAAUAUAAAAAUGUAUAAAUAUUUUUGACUUGAACAUUUGGUCGACACUGGGUGCAAACAGACCAUCCAUCCCCUGGACGGGUGUUUGGGGAAAGGACUUCUCCCAGGAGACGGUGGUUGCGAAGUUGGGUGAAGGGGUAGGUAGUACUGUAACUCAUGACUGUUAAAAACAAAUAAACGAAGUGCGUAAACCGCUCCUGUGCUGUAUAAAGGUUGGUUUCCCGUGCCACUGCGUUUGAUUUCAGCCACAGAAGAUGCUAGCUUUUUUCUUUUUUCUUUCUUUCUUUUUUUUUUUUUUUUAAGGAGGAGGAAACCUUUGUUCUCGCUGCGCCUCAGUCUCUGGGCUGCUCCGCAGUGUAGCCAAGACUGUUGCUGUUUGGCCGCGGCCGACGCUGCGCUGGUCAUCAGCCUACAGAAUCGUCUGCCUGCGACCGCAGACUAGGGCUCCUGGCGUGCGCCGAGCCACCCCGUGAGGUGGGAAUCCGUUACAGGCAGACAGAAAGACACCACUGUUCAUUGUAAAGCGCUUUGUAAAGUUCACAUUUACAGAAUAAUAAAGUCAGUUCAAACCCAA